UUGGCCGGAGCCGCGCAGCCCCCGGCAGCCCUGGCCGCCCGUGGCGUGGGCGGGAGGCUGGCGCCGCUGCCCGCCAGGCACUUCGCGCUUCCACGGACUUUCUUUUCCCUCCCCCUUCCCUUUUCCUGCCCCCGGCUCGGCCGCGCCGCUCCCGGGGGAAGGGGCGGAGGAAGGCGAGGGUGGGGACGGGACAAGCCCUGCGGGACGGUGCCGCACUCGAGCGGAGAGGAGGGCCGCCGGGCACCCGCUGCGGAGCGUCAGGUACCCAUCACCGAGCAGUCUUCCCUUUUGAAUUAUUUGGGAGCAGUAUUUGAGAGUCUGCUUUAAGAAGAUAAAACCUAUACAAUGUCUACUCCAAGUGGUGUCCCUGUCCCAUCUGCGCCACCUUCUUAUGAGGAAACAAUAGGAAUCAACGUGAGCCAUCCUCAUGCCUAUCCUGUCCCAGAACAUGGCCAGAAACCAGAUGGGAAGGGAAUGAACCCUCCCCCAUACAUGGGACAGCCUGCACCAGUGAAUAACCCUGUUACAGUUCAGACAGUGUAUGUGCAGCAACCAGUAGUAUUUUAUGACCGCCCGGUUCAGAUGUGCUGCCCCUCCUGUAACCAGAUGAUAACGACACGUCUCUCGUAUGACUCGGGAGCUUUGACUUGGCUGUCAUGUGGUGGCCUCUGCCUGCUUGGGUGUAUAGCUGGCUGCUGCUUAAUUCCCUUCUGCAUCGAUGCCCUAAAAGAUGUGGAUCACACCUGUCCGAAAUGUGGUGCUCUUAUUGGUUCUUACAAACGUUUGUAGGCAAUGUUUAAACACUGAUGAUUAAAUGAUGAAGUUGGUUAGCACCUCUACAAGCCCUUUCUGAAGCUUCAAGGAGUCUUAUGGUUGUUUCUAUGCAUUCUGUCACUGGAAACCAAUCAAAAGUAAUGUUUAUUGCUAGAUUGUUUGAAUAAGAAUUUGCUUGAGAGGAUUCUGACUUAGGUCUGUAAAAAGCAUAUGUAAUCUUUAUGGGCCGCUCAGUCCAGCACCAGUUGUUAGCAACUGAUUUUUUUCCCUUUCUGCUUUAUGCAAAACAGGUUGGUGAUGUUCUUCAGUUAAUCUUGUCUCAAUGAUGUUGCACACUGGUGUGCUUGCUUACAGUCUGGGCAUAAACCAGGAGGAGAAUGUCUAUGGAGACCUAUAUAGUCUCAUGCUUGGUGGUGAUGCUUUUGCAGCAGCACUGUUUACAAACUGGCAGGGAGCUGCUUGCCUCUGAGACAGGUGCCCUUCUUUGACAAAAGAAUUGAUUUGUUGGCAUCUUUCAAUAGCACUAAAAUUCACUUUAAAACUCUCUUAGUUGAAAGAGAACCAAACCUAAAGGCUGUUUCCUUCAUGGAGGCUGCUUUACCAAAUGGACAACUCAGGUUAUUGUGCAUCAAUGGUGAUUCAGUCUAGUACCUGAAUUUCCUUGCCAGUUUCCAGUCUAGUCCUAGACUGCAGUAAAGAUGUUCAUACAGGAUUUUUUUAAUAGAUAUUUGUUCAGUGGUUUUUGGUGGGUUGGGUUUUGUGUUUUGUUUUGUUUUUUUUUUUUUUUACUGCUGAUUUAUAAGUCUGUGAAGUGUUCUCUUCUCUCCACCCCAGUGGAAAUGCCCAUAGAGCCUUGGUUAUAGCAUUGGAAAACUUCCUUGUACCUUUAUGUAAAUCAGCUGAUAGAUCAUACAUAUCUGUAGGCGGGUUUAUCCAAUCUUAAGGCUUGAAUUCCACCUGCAAAACACAGAUACAGGACCUGGGCUUUUAAUCGUUGAUCUGUUUGUUAAUUACUGUUUCUUCAUUAAGAAGGUAACACGUUUGUUAAGGAGUUUCUCUCAUGAUUAUUUCGACUUGUGCUCUGAUUUUUCUAAAUGAUUUUUCUAAAUGAAAGAGAAGUUCUGCUUUCAGAAACUUAAGCUGGAUGUGCUUAUUUAAGAUGAUGAUCACAAAAAAUUAGAGAAUGAGGCUCUGAAGGUUGAAGUAUUUCACCACGUCAUAAGGAGCAGGCUUAGUCCAAAUAACAUCUCGAUGCAUUUGAAUGAUACCUGUCUAGAAAAGGCAGACAGGUGUUUGAACAAGGCUAUGAUGCUAACACUGUAUUAAUCUCUGUAAAAGUAAAAAGCUAAAAUAAAUACAAAUAAAAAAUACUGCAUUUACUGUUCUUGCUGAAUGUGCCUUCUAUAAAUAUUUGGUAUAAGUUAACUUUUGAAAAGUCUUUCAGCACUUCAAAUUUGAAAUGCAGGAGUUUUGUGGACCACAAAUACAACCUCUAAGCCUGAUGUUAGUUAGUUUUUGCAAACUGCUGCUGCUUGUGGGUCUGUGUGCAAGUGGUUUAAGAGCAUUAUGCAUUUGGAAAAGGUUUCUGAUCAUUUCUCCCUGUACCAUAAGAAUUUACAUCAAUAGCUACUAACUGGCAAGAGAAUGAUGGAGAUAAAAAAGUUGGUAAUUUUGUAGCUUUCUGCUGUGAUGAUACAAGCUUGCGUUUUUUGUCUGCUGCUGCAGCACUGUAAUGCUUUCCAUGUUCUUUAAGGGCCUGGGUGAUGCUCCAUUGAAUUUUCUGUCUAAUGACACAGGCAGUGGUUCUAACUUAAUACGAGUCACAUGUGCUACUGUCAAGGAGUAUUUCCCCCCCCCAGCACUGGAUUUCGCUGAAAACUUACUACUUGUCAGUUUAUCAUCAGAGCAAGACGGGAAGAAGCAGUGAAGUGUGCACUGUUCCCAAACUUGAUGUUUGCUUGCGUGGUGGGGAGGGUUUUUAGUACUUUUGGUACCCAUGUCAGUCUGGUGUGGAUAAUCCUGCCAUAUAUUCAUUUGGUGAAUCUUCAAAUUGUUAUUCCCUUAGCUCUCCUUUUCCCUACAAAAUAAUGGUUGGAAAAUCUGAGGUUGUGGCACCAGAAUGCAGAAGAACACUGACCGAAAAAACAAUUAUGUGGGGUUUUCUUUGUUUUGUUUUAUGGGCACAGUCCAUUGCAUGUCUUUAAAUUCCUCGUAUGGAUUGAGAAUAGGAGACAUAAUGUUGGCAGCUAUUCCAUCUAAUUAAGCAUUCUGCAAAAGUUUCUGCUGCUCCUUCUGUACUUAAAUUUCCUUAAAUACAAAGCCUGUGUUUGUUCUCCUGUUGUUCUCUUGGCACAUACAGAAUGCGCCAAAGUAACUUGCUUUGUUAAACUUAUUUUAGCCAGACAAAUGCAGGAUAUAACUUGCUUUGUUUGAAAGUGCUUUGUGUUUGAUUACGUCGAAGUUACUGUUUGUUUUUAAAACUGAUAAUAUUUAAAAUAAAAACUUUGUCUUUCA